GGUUAAUUUUCUCUAAUAGGUCUUUAAUGGUGCCGUUAGUAUAUUUCAGACAAUUACAGAUUAUUCAACCCGCUUCUGUUAUUCGCCUCGGUUCUAGGUUUGCUAUUGCGGAAUGUCGCCAUCACCAGCGAUGUAUGUAAAUGGGUCUAACUCGAUCCGGAAUAAAUCUUUCCCCGCGCCAGCAACACUGAGUGCGACCGUCCCCUCCAGUUGUUGUAUCUACGACGUCUCUGUACUGAAAAGAUUCCUUUCCUUCAUUCAAAAUAAUGACAUCCCCACGUGCAACAGUUGGCAUAUUGUCCAUAGGGCAGAUGGGCGCCGGAAUUGCUGAACUGCUCCUCGCCCAUGGCUAUCGCGUUGUCACCAACGCCACUGAUCGGUCUCUUGCGACCCAAACCCGAGCUAAGGACAAGAGUAUCAUUCUGCUUGCCUCCGAUACAGAUCUUGUCGCGCAUUGUGACUACAUCUUCUCUAUCGUUCCACCGAGAGACGCAGUGGCAACAGCUUCUCGUAUCGGCAAGGCGCUCAAUACCUCGCCGGCUCCUCGCAAGGCUUCUGCAACUCCUUUAUACUUCCUGGAGCUGAACGCUGUUUCACCGCAAACGUCCAAGAGUAUUGCAGAAAAGCUAGGCGAGGAGGUUCCGGAUCUGCGCUUCAUCGACGGCGGCAUCAUAGGCGGGCCACCGACCUUGGGCAAAACAUUCGAGUCCCAAUGGAUUAAACCGGGCAUUCCGCUUUCCGGUCCCUAUCCGCUGCACGAGGCACCUGUCAGCGGUGCACAUCUAGCGGAAACCCUGAAUACCAGGUAUCUCGGUCCAGAGAUUGGCUCCGCUUCAGGAUUGAAGUGCUGCUUCGCAGCUCUUGCAAAAGGGUUGACGGCUCUAGCACUGCAGUCGUUCAGCACGGCUGCUUCGCUGAACGUUUUACCCGCGCUGGAGCAUUACCUUGACCAGUAUAAUCCUCAGGCUAGUGAGAGGGUGCGCAGGGGAAUUGUCGGGUGUCCGAGUAAAGCGUACAGAUGGGUGGAAGAGAUGAAUCAGAUUGGACAGUGCUUUUCCGAGGACGGAGGAUGGGAGGGUCGGGCGAACGUAUUUAGAGAGAUAGCGGAAGUGUAUGAGGAGUUGGCAAAGGUGGUGGAGAGAAGGGGAACGGAGCAGAUGGGAAGUGUUGAUGGGGUGGUGGGCGCGUUGUUGACGAGAGUGGAGAGGCAGAGGGAGAGGAGGAAGUCUUGGGAGGAGUUGGAGGUGGAUGAGGGGUAGUGCUGUUAUCACUGGUAGGAGUAUGGGUAGGAUUCUAGUCUAUACUGCCAAUUCACCCUUUUUGAUUGUUAA